AUGUUUAACUUCCACAAGCCGAAGAUGUACCGGAGCAUCGAUGGCUGCUGCAUCUGCAGAGCCAAGUCCUCCAGCUCCCGCUUCACCGACAGCAAACGCUACGAGAUGAACUUCAAGAGCUGCUUCGGGUGAGUCGGUGUCACCGAGAGAAGUUCAGGAUUUACGACAUGUGGGACAGCUGUGUAACAUCUCUGCUGUGGGGAUUCUUCACAUGUUUGAUUCAGGCUGAUAAAUAUGAAUAAUGAAUAAAAGAAGAGCCAGAGUAGACCCCUGAGGAACCCCACAGAAUAGAGAGAUCUGAUCUGAGCUCCACCAUGACUCAGAUGAGGAAAUAAAACCGAUGUCUUCACCGUGUUACAUUUUACUUUUAGUCUGUCAUACAUCUGAACUGCUGAGCCACUAGGGGUGGGUAUUGCCAAGCACCUCACGAUACGAUACGCAUCACGACACUUGAGUCACGAUACGAUAUGAUAUUGCGAUAUCCAAAUGUUUGCGAUAUAUUGCGAUAUAUUGCGAUAUUCUACAUAGUUCACUGAAAAAUGUAAAAGGCAUUAUGCAUCUUAAAAUCCCAGUUGUAUGUACAUCAGAUGAUAGUGAUAAUUCAUGGGACAAACAGUCAAAACAAUGUAAUUCAAAUCAUCAAUGCCAUUUUAUUGUAAGUGGAAGUUACAACAUAUUUGCGUGAACAACACACUGUCUGAAACACAUUGAAAAGUGCAGUGUGCAUUAUUCUUAGUCUCCCUGAGCACAAUUAUGACACAAACUGCAGUGUGGGUCAGUGUCCACAUACUGAAACUGAAUUGAAUCUGUCAGUGUGGCUCUCGUACAUGGCUCUCGUCUGCAACACAUGUGUUACCAGCUCCCAUUCGGCAUUAAUGUGGUGCGCCGUUAUUGUAAUGUAGGACUCGGUGGCUCGUGAUGUCCAACCGUCACAGGACAGUGCGACUCUCGAAGCAGAGCUAAGAACUGUUUUUAUUGUCUCCUUCACCUCGUCAUACAUUUUUGGCACAGCUACGUUAGCCAUGUACUUACGCUGCGGCAUCACAUAGCGCGGCUCCAAAGUAUGAAGCAUCCACCGAAAGCCGACGUUUUCCACAACGUUGUAUGGGCGCAAAUCUUUACAAAGAAAAUGCACCAUCGCCUCUGUGAUCCCCCGGGCUCGGGUUGAAGUAGAUGGGAGGACUUUGGCGAUGUCCAGUGUAGUUUGCUUUGGAUCGGAAGGUUUCGGUGGCUCCGGCUGAGCUAAUAUGUCGCGGUGGUGUCUUGCUAAAUGAGUUCUCAAGUUUGUUGUGUUACCCGAAUAUCUAAUGGGAGCGACACAGAGUUUGCAAAGCGCGUACUCUUUGUCCAGCUCAUUGUGUGUUUCUCCUUUCCUUUGGAAUCCAAAGUAUCUCCAAACAUCUGCCUUAAAGUUCGAGGGCGUUUCUAGUUUAACGUUACCAGCCAUGCUUGAUUGUUUUUUUCCCGGCUCCUCUUCCUCACUGCAACCGGCGGGGGAAAAAAGAGAAGAAGUGAGGUAGCGGUACAGCGACACCUAGCGGAGUGGAGGUGCGGAAGUCGUAUUGGAUUUGUUAACCCGUCUGAAACCUGAUUUAUUAUUUGAACAAAAAAUCGAUAUUAAUAUUUUGAAUAUCGAUAUUGAAUCGGAAGUCAAAGUAUCGCGAUAUAUUGCCAUAUCGAUAUUUUUGCCCACCCCUGUGAGCCACAAGAGUACGUCUCUGGUCCGUCUUCUUUCCUGUCCCCGUUCGAGGCUGAGGUGACUCUUUGUCUCCCUGCAGGUUGGCUGAGGUGCGUUACGGCGACAUCUGUAACGCCUGCGUCCUCUUAGUGAAGAGGUGGAAAAAACUUCCAGCUGGAUCCAAGAAGAACUGGAACCAUGUGAGGAGGACACACGGAGCUUAUUUCUGCCUUCAGAUUCACUCGUCUGUGCACGCUCUGUUGUAACAUGAAUCUGUGUGUUUGUAGGUGGUGGACGCUAAAGCCGGGUCGAGCAUGAAGGCCACGCUGAGGACCAAGAUGAAGAAGAAACUGAGACCCAAACAGAUCAGUCGAGUUCAGAGUGAGCUGAAGAGGAACAGUGAGUUCAUUCCAUGCUGUUGAUCUGAAACUCUGAUUUUAUUUAUCUCACAGUAAAUCUCCAAAACGCCGCCGUUCUCACGAAGCGAGUGGGUUUGACCGAGAGUCACUCUGACGUUGUUCUUCCCUCUGAGGAGGUUUCACCAACACAUCCCUUCGUUUGGUUCGUUUCGUCUGGUUUGAAUGUUGGUCGAUGUCGUGGGCCGUUGUCAACUCGUCGAAUCGUCAAUACUGCAGCGUAGAGAACCGACUUUGGCUCUGACAAACAGCCAACGCUGUUUUGUUCCUCUUCUAUAGAAUAAAUGUGAUUUUAAAUGUUGAGACGUCUCAUCGUACGAGUUUUGAGAGGCUAACACCACAGACUACAGUUUUCAUUGUCACCAGUACGAUUCUGAUCGACCACUCCACAACUAUUCUGAGUAAAACCUGGUUUCCAGUAAAAAGGAGUCGCUGUGAAGCCCGGAUUUCUUACCAGAAUAUUCUAUACCAGAAAGCUGCCGUCCUCACAGAGUGAGUGGAUUUACAGGAAGAUGCUGCGUCAGAGUUUUCAGAGCUGAGAUGGUAAAUGAAGAUGAACCGCUCCUCUCUUCUGUCUGCUGAGAACCAAUCAGCAUAAAGGCAGAUGAGGUUAAGGGUUUAAACUGGGUGGAACUGGUCCUGAUCUAAUGAGGGUAAGGGUUUAAACCACAGACUGUAUUUACUCUGGACAACUUGGUUCCUCCUUCCGCCUGUAAACGGAUUUGAAGCUGGAAAAGUUCUCGGUAUUUCCGAUAUUUUUCCUCAUUUCCUGAAACCAACAUCAUACGCAUUUGGUGGGAGAGUGGCUGUGAUGACGCUCGGCUCAAACAGCGUAUCCCCCGGUGAUCUACUCAAUCUCUGUCCUCCCAUUGGCUGUAUCAGGUGUCAAUCAUAGAAAACAUGAACCCCCUAAUAACUUUUAAAAAUGGAGCUGUACAGAAAAAAGAGGACUUGAGCACAAACCAGUCUGACAGUAACUACAUGUCAACAUCACAACCAGGGGGGAGAAACAUUUAUAUUCUGUGUCAUUCAUUUAGAAAGUUUGUCCACAGCUCCAUAAGGAGGCGGGGUUUAUGACCUAUACUGCAGCCCGUCACCAGAGGGCGCUGUUCUCACAGAGAGGAGACAGACGACAUACCGUCUAUGGUGUUGAACAGAGGACCCAACAGUGUCCCCCUAACAUCUGUCAGAGCGGCUCUGAUGACUUUAGAACUCGUAGGAAGGUUUGAUGAUGUCACAGAUGUUCUUGGACUGUUCCAGUAUGUUUCCAAAAGUCCAAAAUUUUCUCAAACGUUCCGAAAUGUUAUUGAUCUUUUAGAAUGUGUUUGAUGUUAUAAAAUGUUAUUGAUCUUUUAGAAUGUGUUUGAUGUUACAGAAUGUUAUUGAUCUUUUAGAAUGUGUUUGAUGUCAUAGAAUGUUUGAUCUUUUAGAAUGUCUUUGAUGUUAUAGAAUGUUAUUGAUCUUUUAGAAUGUCUUUGAUGUUACGGAAUGUUCGGUGAUAUUCUAGAAUGUUCUACAUCCUCCAGAGCGUCACCACCAUAGGCUGUAUAAACUACUGAGAAGAAAACUGAAGCACAAACGUUUUUGAAAUCUAACCAAUCAGGAGGUUUCUCCUUUGUCGUCCAGAUUGACUCCGCCUCAUUAAAUCUCGUACAGAGUUAUUUCCUGUCGUCGUUUCCUUCGUCUUUUCCUCGAUUUGAACUGAAUGGACUUCAGAGUAGAUAAUAUGCAGCACACUUCUUUAACCAGCAGGGGGCAGUGUGCCCUCCUCCUUAUUCCGAUCGUUGGUGCGAGUCACUCUGUGAAUCUUCAUCACGUUAAAAUUCGUCCCAAAAUAACGAGUUUGACUGUUUGUUUGUUUGUUUGUUUCUCAGACUCAGACGCUCACAGCUCCACCUCCAGCGCCUCACCUGCUCAGUCACCCAGCUACAGCAACCAAUCAGACGAAGGCUCUGACACUGAGCUCUCCUCUGGCUCCGCCCACUCACAGGUCUUCUCCUUCCUGGACCUCACCUACUGGAAAAGGUAAGGGUCUCCUCCACAGACACAAACCCCCCCGACAGGUGCAGAAACUGAAUCUUUAACCUUCAUGACCGCUCUGACCUUUCAGGCAGAAGGUGUGCUGCGGCGUCGUGUACAAAGGACGCUACGGAGAAAUCCUCAUCGACCCCCACCUGUUCAAGCCCUGCUGUCAGAGGAAACCAGACCUCCACCAGCAGAAGGAGGAAGGAGGAGGAGAGGAGGAGGAGAUGGAACAAGAGGAAGAGGAGGAAAACAGACAGAACCCA